AAGUGCGCAUGCACAUUUUCAAUUCUCCCCGCAAAAGUCCCAAAGACAAGAACAAACGGCACAGUGCUAUCCAAUAUUAUUGUGUGAGAUUUUGGUUCGCUUCGCGUCGCAUACUUCGAGGCAAACGGAGCACCACAACGUGAACAGCUUACGCAGGUCGGAAUGGGAAAAGGGAUGGAAACGUGGUUGCUCGUCUUGUCCAUCGGAUGCUGGAUGGCGGCUGGCGGCGUGACGGCCCAAUGCCCGUGGUCGCGCAACGUCCCAGGACUGCACGGCUCGUGCGCGUGCUCCUACAAUUUGGCGCAAGAACUCACGCUGCAGUGCGGCCAAGUCAAUUUCACAACUCUAAUGGAUGCGUUGAACGAACACGCUCAAAGUCAGACUAUCGACCUGUUCUACGUCCACAAUAGCACCGUCAUGGAACUGCGAGACAAUUUCUUAAGUCUACUGACCGUCCACAAUGUUCAGAUGUCGCGCUGUCACAUCCGCAACAUCCAACCGCGCGCUUUCCUUGGCCAGGAGACGACGCUGAAAAAUCUCAAUUUGCAAGACAACCUUCUGACGGCUGUGCCAACCGAAGCCCUUCGACCUCUCAAAGCUUUGGCUCUGCUCGACCUGUCCGGCAAUCGGAUAAGCCAUUUGUCCGACGACGCCUUCGCUUCGCUUAAACUGAACACGCUCAAACUGGCGGACAACGGCAAUAUGACACUCUCGGCGCACUCGUUUCGUGGACUGGAGAGGACGCUCAAAAAUUUGAAUCUGAAAGGGACGCGACAACGUGAAGUGCCCGCCGAAGCCGUUCGUCCUCUCAGCGCUUUAGCUUUCCUCGACCUGGCUCAGAACGGUAUUCGCAGUCUCGGUGGCGGUCUCUUCCGUACCCUGGACUCUUUGACAGCCCUGAAUAUGGAACGCAAUUCGCUUUCGACCAUCGAACCGGACGCAUUCCUCGGAGUCAACGAUACCCUCAGCUCGCUGAGUCUGUUGAACAAUCUCAUCACCGAAUUCCCAUCGCAAGGACUGGCUCCUCUCACGCAACUCAGAGUGCUUGACGUGGGAUUUAACUUGAUGAACGUUCUACCAGACGACGCUUUCUCUCCGUCUUCGCUGCUCACCCUACUGGCACUCGACGGCAACCCAUUAGCUACGCUACCACGUCAAGCGUUCGCACAUUUGAAUGGCACGUUGCGCGGUCUGAGUCUUGGCGGAAGAUUCCUCGAAUGCGAUUGUCGACUUCGCUGGGUAGCCGAGUGGAUUCGCGACACUGAUUUGCAAGUGACUAGCCGUGAACGCAGUCCGCAGUUUUGCGGAAGUCCUCCUGAUUUCCGCUCUCGUAGUUUCUAUCAACUCGGACCCGACGAGCUGACAUGUCCGGAAGACGUGACCAAACAGGAUAUUUUCACACCAAUGGUACCUCCAUCGACCACCAUUGUCGCAACUGUCGGCGUUCGCAGUACUAGCACUGAUCGAACUACCACAAAUCGUGUCGUCGAUGAAGCAGACCAAGAAGAUGAGGAUAAAGUUCUUGCAUCACCGCCCCCGCCGCCCACACAAGCGCCUCCUCGUCGGCAACAGGUGCAACCGCAGUCGUCGCUCUCCCGCCCAACUACGGAAGGUGGGCCACCCGCGCGAUUUACGUCACCGUCUCCGUCUCACAGGAGUUCUCAUACGAGACCAGCGACAUCUUCCACGAAUUCAAACAAGCUCGUGCGAGGCGGAGUCGGGGCAUCGCGAACCAGACCUUACGGUCCAGGUGGAAGGCCUAAUUUGAUCACUGGAAACAGCAACAAUUACGCAGGUGACGUGCACGCGCCAGGCAACCACCUGGACGGUAUCGCGUCAUCUGUCGCUUCAGAGCGCGAGGUCAUCGUCAAAGAUGCCUAUCGUCAAGAUACUUCCGUCGUCAUCCAAUGGGACUCGGAAACCAGCAAUAUUCUCGGAUUUCGGGUUGUCUACCGUCUCUUUGGCGACACUAGUUUCCAGCCCGGACCCCCUCUUGAUCCUUCUGAACGUGAAUUCAAAAUAAAAAAUGUUCCCGCUCAGGAGAGUUUGGUGGUAUGCGUCGUUUCGCUGGAAGAAAGCAACGUAACACCGGAAACUGUACCGUUCCCUCAAUGCCGCGAAAUCCGGACUGAACCGCAAGCAGCUUCGCACAUGGACAAAAUCAUCAUCGCGGCCAGCGCUGCCAUUUGCGGAACAGUUGUCGUGGCCGUCGUCAUUUUCAUUUGCUGCAAUCGCAAACGAUCGCUCAAAAGUGAAAAAUUACGACUCAACAAUGUGCUGGCGGCCGGCGCCAACGGAGCGCAUCAUAAUGGAAUCAGCACCACGGCUACAUCUUUGGCCGGCUCGCAAGUUCAAUCCCCCCUGGCCAGUAUGGGCUCAAUGGGCAUGGGGCAAUUGGGCGGAAAUGGCAAAGACUGGGACCAACUGUCCAUGUACAGUUCGCGAAGUAUACCCAGGGCCAGGAUGUACCACAGCGACCGACCCGGAUCGGUGAUGGGCUCGGUCAACGGUGGGUUCAUCGCCGAUGACGCACGUUCACACGUGUCUGGUUACUCGGUGAACAAAUCGGGUAACGGCGGCGUGAAUUUGCUUCGUUCGAGAUCGCUGAUCGACGGCCCAACGCAACGAAGUGUUUCGGCAUUGUCCGGACGAGGCCCUUCGUACCUUCCGCCGGGUCUCCAUCACGGAAUGGGCGGUGCGAUGGGUCACCAUUUGAGCGGACUUCACGGAAUGGGAUUGGGCCCUCUCGGUAUGGCCGGCAUGGGCGGCAGUAUGAACGCCAUGGCUGGACUGCCUACCCUAUCCGGAAUGGGACUCUCGAGAGCAGAUCUCCGGGCAUCACACCAUUCAUUGGCGGAUCUACGGAUGAGCGAACUGGCGGCAGCGGCGGCUGUGAAUGGACGGGCGUCCCGAGCAAGUCGGGCAUCUACCAGAGCGGGAAGCCAAUACUCGAGUAGGCGUUCAGAACAACUUCGUCGUCGGGCGGCUCAUCUUCAACAACAACAAGAUUCGUCGGACCAACAACAUCAACAACAGCAAACAACUGGAGAUGAAAGCAGCUGGGAAACGGAUCGUGAACCGGGAGGAAGCAGCAGCACAAGUGGAUUAUUAGCCGGAAGACGACCACAUCAGCCCAUGCCCGCCAUGAAUUCUCAGCAACAACGACACAACAGUCAUCGGAUGCGACCCGGAUCAUCCGUCCGUUCCGGCGAAACGGAAAACUGGACCGAUCAUGAUAUGGAUAUAUACAUGGCUCACAACACCAUGCGCAAUGAUUUGGUUCGUCUCUGAAAAAUGAAGUGUGGUUUUCCCUUUGCUCAUUAACCGCUGUUGUCCACGGCGCACGUUUUUUCACACAGGUAGAAGGCGAAAAAUUAAGUCGAGCGCUUCAACAUGCCUUACUUUCAUUUGUUUCGUUUCCUUUUUGUUUCGUUUCUUUGGUCAUCUUUAUCGAUACGCGACCCGUUUUGUAUGUUAUUUUUUAAUUAAAUGUGGACUUACCCCGGAAUAGCGUAGCCGUUUUCCCAGCGGAAUCGCAGUUCUAGCACGAUCUCGUGCCACAAGUGGGCCACGCCCUCUAUCCCAUUGAGGUGCGUCAUAGUGUAGACGACGGCUGUGGCUAACCGCCACACUAAGCUGUCUACUGGUGAUGUCUUGAAGGCCGAGAAGCAUUCCUUUUAUCGUUCAAUCAUAUGACUAAUCAGGUCCCAUCUUCCAUCCAAGUUCGUUUAAAAUUUUUCAUACCUUCCACGUACUGUCUAUUGAUGCGGAACAAUCGGUCUGAAACUGUUCAGGAUAAGGAUGUGUUUGACUCUGUUGCAUUAUAUUGUUUGUUUGUUUUGAUUUUUUGAAAAAUAAAAAUAACGUUAAAAACUG